AUGGCCAAAGACAAGUCCUCCGACAAAAAAGACAAGAAGGAAAAGAAGGAAAAGCGCAGCACAGAAGAAAACGGCGUGAAGAAGUCCAAAAAGGACAAGAAGGAUAAGAGCAGCAAGGACGUCACGACCUCGCUGCUGAACACGCUCGAGGCGGAGAAGCCGGGCUCGGUGGCCGUGCAGGAGAACGGGGAUGUGGUGGUUGCUGUUGCUGUGAAGGACGCGGAGGGGGAUGUGGAUAUGGAUGCGAAGGAGGUGGGAGAGAGGCCGCUACUGGGCGCGCUGGUGCCGUUUGCGAAUCCACUGGCGGAUGAGAAGACGGGGAAGAAGGUGUUGAAAUCUGUCAAGAAGGCUGCGAAACACAAGGCCCUCAAACGCGGCGUAAAAGAGGUCGUCAAGUCCCUGCGCAAAUCCGCCGCCGCGGCGCCCUCCUCUACAGUCUCCGACCCGGCCGCUGUCGUCGUUCUGGCGGCAGACAUCUCACCAAUGGAUGUAAUCUCACAUAUACCUGUGCUUUGCGAAGACCACAACAUACCCUACAUCUACGUGCCAUCGCGGGCAGAGCUGGGUGCUGCGGGCAACACUAAAAGACCGACGAGCGUGGUGAUGAUCACGAAGGAUGUGAAGAAGGGCAAGAAGGAGGAUGAGAGCAAAGAGGAUGAGGGGGAGCAUAAGGAGGCUUAUGCGGAUCUGGUGAAGGUGGUUGGGAAGGCGUCGAGGAGUGUGAGGGUGUGA